AUGGGCCUCGACAUGGAUGUUCCCGAGUUGCUGCUCCCUCGAGAUAUAGGUACUUGCACUACAGGCAAGCUAUGGUAUGUCUGCACGGCGGGAGGCUUUCGUGGGUGCUGCUCAAGCGACCCGUGCACAAUAGGCAUAUGUCCAGAUAAUGACUCCUCCUCGGCCACCUUCACAACAGCGUCGUCGGACACAUCAUCGCAAACGACAGCUGGGACUGAUAAUCGCGUGACGGCGAAAACAACAACAACUUCGGCUAUUACCACGCCGACAGAAACACUUACUGUCUCAUCGGCUGAUUCAUCGACAACAAUAUCUGUUUCCACGGCUUCUUCUACAAUUACUGACUCGUCCACCUCAGGGGCCAGUGGUGCCACUGCGUUAUCUUCCUUGCUGGCCACUUCAUCCAGCACUCCCACCAGCAUCCCGAAAGCGGCAUCAUCUAACCGCGGAGCAAUAAUCGGCGGGGUGCUGGGAGCUGUUGUAGCUCUGGCGCUGUUUGCUAUUCUUAUUUUCUGGCGGAGAAGAAAGCAACACAAGCACGAGAAACGUUCAACGGUCAACUCAUGUUACCUAUACCGGAAACACCGAGCAGCAGGAUCUGGAAUGAAAGGUCCGCUGUCACCAUGCGACAGCGAAGCUAGUAGAUCACCAACCUCCAGCAGCGUCUCACCGAGCAGCACAGCGAACACACACCCAAGCGUUCUCACCCCAAACUUAACCCUCAACUCCUCCUCACCUCAUCUCAUCUCACACUCACCACAGAAACUCCCCACGCCACCAAUACCACCCCUCGCAAACACAAACGAGCUCUACGCCUCCAUCCCCCCACGCAUAGGACUCACCCCCGAGCUCAGCGACACAGGCUUCUACCGACUACGCGCUGAACUCGCUUCAAAUUCGCAAAGCGAGCUGAUCAACGUCCCCGUGAACCAACGCCGCCGCCAGCAAAAUUCUAUCAGAACCAGAGCAGGCCCGAGAGCGUGGGAGUCGCCGUCUCUGGCGUCGAUAGCAGCUAGUCCGCGCGCGAGCCCGGUUAGGGAAACAGCGAAUGCGCAGAGCGGGUACGGCGAUGGAAGUGGGGGCUUGGUGAAUGCCGUUGGGCGGGUCGUUACCUCUGAGGGAAUCGUGCUGGGCGCGAAUCUAGAUCGGUAUUCGAAUGGGCUGGAGAUUGGGGAUGCGCUUGUGAGGGAGAGGGGGAGGUCCGCUGAGCGUGAGCCGGAUAGGGAUCAUGUUUUGAGCUUUAUGCAGUAUGGGGAGGGAUCACGGGGUGGUUCGGAUGGGCUUGGGAUUAGGGGUGCUCUGCCUUUGGAUGAUAAUGAUGUGAUGAGGGAUCGUGGUGUGGAUGGGCUGGGGCAUGGGGCUGAUGAGGUUAUUUUGGAUGUGGAUAUCCCGCCUGCUUAUGAGACGAAUGAGCGGCCUGUCCAGCCUGAGAUACAGUCGCCGGCUAGGAGGAUGGGGAUGAGCUUGAGGGGGGUUUGA